GGAAACCUUUCUCAGAAAGCUUGGGCUCAGGAAUAAAACCAGAGGGCAAGGCUGGAGGAGUCACUUCCAUGCAGCCAGCCCAAGAGUGCCACACCUAAGACCAGACACCCCGAGGACGAGCCACCCUGAGGAAGACAACAAUGGCAGAGCAACAGCCUUGUCACAAUACAGGGACCCCUGACCGUGGUGGAUGGAGAUAAAGGGGUUCUUCAGCAAACGUGUAGGAGGGGAGCCGUCACCUGCCCUGGCCCCUCUCACCCACUCCCAAUUCCCACAGCAGGUCCCAUACACACGGAAUGUGUCCUUGUGUAUUGGUUCUUCAGUGACAAUCAGAGGGACACCUGCCAACUCUUUCAGGAAGGACCCACAGUUGCAGGUGGAUUUCCACAUGGGCACUAAUGAGAGGUCUGACAUCGCCUUCCAUUUACGAGUGUACUUUGGCCACUGUGUGGUCAUGAACAGCCUUCGGUGUGGGGGCUGGGACUGUGAGGUGAAAUACUCCCACAUGCCCUUCGUGGACGGCCAACAGUUUGAACUGUGCAUCUUGGUGCUGCAUAAUGAGUACCAGGUAGUGAUAAAUGGCCAGCACUGUUACAGCUUUGCCCACCGAGUCCACCCCGGGUCUGUGAGGAUGAUGCAGGUGUGGAGAGAUGUCUACCUGACCUCAGUGGACGUCUGCUAGAGAUGGAGGCUUCCAGACUCCCCAUGAUCAAGGAAGCCCUUUCUCUAUGUGACCUGUGGAUUCCCAAAGCCAGCACAAUGAUUCCUCCUCAUCCUGGUCUCUGUACUUGCUCAUUAAAACUUCGCCCUACUUCACAGGA